AAAAACUUUCAAAUCUUCAGAAAUAGAAGACUUAUUCUCAAAGUCUUAAAUCAGAAUAUUCUGCAAAGAAACAAGCUAAACUUAAAUCUCAUUUUCAGAAUCAGAAAUGAAAUUAAUCAGCAGUUCUUUUCUCAGUUAAUGACUGAUAUUAAAGUUCAAAAAUCAGUUAUAGCUUUAAUUGAGUUAUUAUUCUUUAAAAACUUCAUCAUUCUGACUACAAUGUCUGAAUUCA